UCUCUCAUCGUCUAUAAAAGUCUGCUGCACAAGAAGAGCUAAACAUCCAUUGCUAUCUACUUGAUCGAUUUCGAUCAUGGUGUCCAUUUCCAGAGGCUUUUCUUUCCUUAAUAUUAUUACUAUAAGCCUUAUAGUAAUUCCUCUUGCCUCGUUAGUGAGAGGUAGUACUAGUGAUGAUCUGAGCAGCGAUCGCUAUGCAACUGCUUUUCUCAACCGGACCAGUUUUCCAGCUGGUUUUGUAUUCGGCACAGCUUCAUCAGCUUACCAGUAUGAAGGUGCUGCAAAUGAAAGUGGUAGAGGACCAAGUAUAUGGGAUACUUUCACCCACAAAUAUCCAGGUAAGAUAACAGAUGGUAGCAAUGGAGAUGUUGCAAUAGAUUCAUAUCAUCGCUAUAAGGAAGAUGCGGGGAUUAUGAAGGAAAUGGGUUUGGAUGUUUACAGAUUUUCUAUCUCAUGGUCUAGAGUACUACCAAAGGGGAAAAUAAGUGGGGGUGUGAACAAGGAAGGGAUAGAAUACUACAACAACCUUAUCAAUGAACUCCUUGCCAAUGGUAUAAAGCCUUUUGUGACACUCUUCCACUGGGAUCUUCCCCAAACCCUGCAAGAUGAGCAUGGCGGCUUCCUAAGUCCUCAUGUUGUGAAGCAUUUUGAGGCCUAUGCGGAACUUUGUUAUAAGGAAUUUGGUGAUCGGGUGAAGCACUGGAUCACAUUCAAUGAGCCAAUUGCCCUCGCUGUGGCUGGUUACGGACUCGGGGCAUUGGCACCAGGACGAUGUUCCACUUGGAUAAACCCCAACUGCACUGGAGGGAAUUCAGCGACGGAGCCGUAUCUGGUCACACAUUACCAACUCCUUGCUCAUGCAGCUGCAGUUAACAUGUAUAAGAAACAUUAUCAGGAGUCCCAAAAAGGACUUAUAGGGAUCACGCUGGUGGCAGAAUGGUUGAUACCAAAUUCUACGGCACAGCACGACCAAGUUGCUGCAUUUAGAGCCCUAGAUUUUAUAUUUGGAUGGUACAUGGACCCUUUGACAAAUGGUGACUAUCCUAAGAGCAUGAGAUCUCUUGUCGGAGACCGAUUGCCUAAGUUCAAGAAAGAGCAAUCCAAAUUGCUGAAAGGGUCGUUUGACUUUAUCGGAUUGAACUAUUACACUUCUAGCUACGUAUCCGACACACCCCAGCUAGUGAAAGUCGCCAAUGCAAGCUACAUGACAGACUCUCUUGCGACUAUGUCACCCCUUCGUAAUGGAAUCCCCAUUGGUCCAAAGGCUGCCUCAGAGGACCUCUAUAUUUAUCCGAGAGGCAUCAGAGAUAUUUUGCUCUACACAAAGAGAAAGUAUAACAAUCCACUUAUUUACAUCACAGAGAAUGGCGUUGAUGAGUUUAACGAUCCCAAGUUAACCCUUGAAAAAGCCCUUGCUGACAACCAAAGAAUUGACUACCACUUUCGCCAUCUCUAUUACCUCCGAGAAUCGAUCAAAGAUGGUGUUAAUGUGAAGGGAUACUUUGCAUGGUCAUUAUUGGACAACUUUGAAUGGACAUUAGGUUACACCGUUCGAUUUGGCAUCAACUAUGUCGAUUAUAAAGAUGGGCUUAAAAGAUACCCUAAACACUCAGCAAUAUGGUUCAAGAAUUUCCUCAAAAAGUACUAAGCGAUGACCAAAAUAUAUAUGUACUUUUUGUUUCGAAGGCGUAAAUGUUCUCAUGGAUAUGAAUUAGUUUGCGUGAAGGUAUAAAGGCUCUUUUCUUUUUGUUUCAC